GUAUUUAAAAAGGAUACAUGCAUAGGAGUCAAAACAACCAUUCUUGUACCCCAAAAGAGACAACCAUUCUUCACCUCGUGCCCCUUCUCUUCUUCUCCAGCUCCUCAUAGUUGGUUGGUUGCACCAGACACAGAUUUCCAACCCUAUCUUCUUCGAUUCCUAAAAGGCACCAUGAAGGGAAGAAUGGGGCUAUUAUUUCUGAUUGUACUCGGUGCUGCUUGGGCUUGUGAUGCAAGAGAGCUAGCAAAUCCAGAAUUAAACAGAAAAUCAGAUGUCUGUGCACUUUGUGAGGAAUAUACUGUUGAGGCACUUGAUUAUCUAAAAGAUAACAAGACCCAGAGUGAGAUUAUUGAUGCCCUUCACAAUACUUGCAAUCAACUGUUCUCUUUUAAGCAGCAGUGCAUCGAAUUGGUGGAUAAUUAUGUUCCACUUUUCUUCAUAGAACUCGCUUCAGUUCAACCUGAAGAACUCUGCAAAACAGUCUUCCUCUGUCAAUCUGCAAAACUUUCUUCACAAGUUCGAGAAAAUAGCUGUGGAUUUUGCAAAGAUGCUGUUUCAGCCUUACUGGUUAAGUUGAAUGAUCCUGACAUUAAGUUAGAGAUAAUGGAAUCACUAUUGAAGGCGUGCAAUUCUAUGGAGAAGAAGUUAGCGAAGGAGUGCAAGAGGAUGGUUUUCGAGUAUGGACCUUUUGUCCUUAUGAAUGCAGAGAAGUUCCUGAAGACAACAGGUAUAUGCACUGCAUUACAUGCCUGCCCAGCUUCAACUGCAGUUAGCCAGGAAGCUUCAAUCAUGGGCGAAAUACCCUUGCUUUCUGACUCUUAAUCAUAGGAAAUUAUGGAGCGAUUCAUGUCCUAGUGGUGGUGCUGCUACUACCACUUGUGCAUAAGAAACCCACGUUAUUGUACCUAUGUUUGCGCUCUUGCCGUGCAAGAUCUACUCUGGCUAUUAACUAUGAAUGUUUAUGAUGUUUUUCAUCACUUUGAAAGCAAGCUAGUAGUUGGCCAUCAUA